AUGAAUAUAAAGAAUUCACCACGGAUAAUUUUAAAGGCAUCAGGAAUAAAAAAGGAGUUUAAAGGAAUAUUUUACUCCUUCGGUGAAGGAGAGGACUACCAUAACCAUGAUGGGAUGUAUCACAGGAAGGACAGUGACCAUGAGGGUCGUGACGAUGAGGAUGAUGACGAUGAGGAUGAUGACACUGAGGAUGAUGACGAUGAGGAUGAGGAAGAUGAAGACCAUGAGGAUGAAGACUAUCGGGAUCAAGACCAAGACUGUUAUCAGAGAAGGAGUUACUACCUUUCUGGAGUAAGCGCCAAUGACGACCGGCAGGAAUUUGCUUACUAUCAGCACGGGGAAAAGUCUGAAUUUUAUUACGACGGAGACGAAUUCGAAGAGAUAUUUACAAAAAAACCAAAGAGACGUGUAAAGGACAACCUCAGAAAAACAAUCAGGGAGCCAAGCGACACUAACAGCGACGAAGAGCGAAUGUGCACAGGAUCAUGGGCUAAAAGAUCUCAAGGACAACAACAUUACCAAAAUCGUAGCAUGCCAGGGGUCCGACAAAGGGAGAAAUCAUCCGGAGAGACAGGGAGUGACUUUGGCGAGAGAAGCGAAUCAUCCAAUUCGAUAGACAAUUUCUCUGAAAACAUUGACAGACAAGUCAAGGAGCCAUUACUUCACUCCUUUCUUCCACACGCAAGAGGCCAUAGUCAAUAUUCUCAAAGGGAGAAAUCGUCCUGUAACAAAUUAGAAGGCGCUACUUCCAUAUUAAGAUUUUUCACCCAACUUUAG